AUGAUAAAUAAAUAUGAAAUAAGCAACAACUUUUCAUAUGACUCAAAAUCGACUACCCCGGAUACCGACUAUUUUAAUAACGAAACCUACGAAAAGUUCGGGUACUACUGGGAGAGUCAGAGAUAUAAUAAAGCAUACUUCAGUAGAGAAAUAAAUAAGAAGUUCAAAUACUAUGACCAGACUAAUUUUGUUAAGUUUUUGUUUUUUAACUGGGUUACCAACUGGGCGUAUUCGUUAUCAAAGUCGUAUAUCGAGCCAUAUAAACUACACCCGUUGCCCAUUAACGACCAGAUACUCUAUUGGCAGCCAAUUUUCUCUAAACAUGUUAGUGAUGGAAUUGUAAGACUAGAAUCAAACGGGUAUUUCGAUCCAGACGGUAGAAAAUACGUUAAAGUUAGAAAGUCUGUUCUACUGCGUGCACUCUUUCUAACAUUCUGGAAAAGGACGCUGAUUGUACUUUUGUCAGUUAUAACAACAAAUGUUUUUAGUAUGAACAUCGCAAUUCUGGUUAAAUAUCUGCUAAAAAUAAUGAAAAGCCGACUCGUACAUAUCAUACAAUACUGCGUUUCAAUCACUGUGUUUCAACACGGCCUCUGCUAUAGAAGAAGGUUCUUUAAUCAUGUCAACGGAGCUAACACAUUGAAUGUAUGCAACUGCGUCUUGCACACAUGUUCCCCUGAGUCGGUUUGCUCCGAUAACCCAUUCUUCUGCUCCGCGAGUCGUUUCCAAAACAAGGAAAUCACUCCGAGGAUGUUCGCAUUUGAAUUCAUCGAUUCUUACUACAUUUCGCUGUUCUGCGAGUCUAUAGUUUAUACUUUUAAUUUUUUGUCGAACUCCAUAUACGGAGUAAUUUUAAUAUCGUUCCAAAUGAGGGUGAAUAUGUGGGUGCUGUCAGUUGUUGGAGUGCUCUUCAUAUUUCUAAUGGUAGUGGUUGAACUCCUCAACACACUCGUCCUGAACGCUAUUUAUAAAAUCAAGGACUAUAGAAUUGCAAAGUCAAUUGAGAUAAUCUCUGCACUACCCAUCAUUAACAAAAUCCUCUACGAUGACAUCGCAAUUAACGUUAUAACAGAAUGUAGGAACAGAGAGCUCACUAUAAUUAUAACUAGGGUGUUCUUGACUUUUUUAAAUAAAUCAUUAUAUGUGAUAUGUAACAGUUUGUCGUUUUAUAUCCUGAUAAGGUAUUUUGUGAAAACUAUAAACGACGUUGAGCUUGUCACGGAAAUUGACACAGAGGGCUUCUUAUCGACGUUUUACAUAUUUUUUAAAAUUAUAGAUUCGUUAAACAUAAUACCUCACACAAUUAAAAGGUUCGUCACCGCGUAUACUUCGUACUAUAGAGUGAGCAAAUUCAUCAACAACUGCUCACCCAACUUUUAUAUCAUUGACAAUAAAUUCACCGGUUCAAUUGAUACGUCGGAUGAUCUGGUUCUUUCUACUGAUGAACUGGACAAAGACGUUGUUGUACUAUAUAAAGAUGCCUCCUUCACUUGGGUUAACAAUAGGAAGGAUCUUGACAGCUUAAAAUAUCAACCUUAUCUAGAGAAAAUUAACUUCCAGCUUAAAAGGGGAGAAAUAGCCAUUAUUAGUGGUAAUCAAGGGUGUGGUAAGUCUAACUUCAUCAAGUCGGUUCUUGGUGAGAUGACACUAAUUGAGGGUUCAAUGGCAGUAGUUCCACUUCACACAUCAAUGCCAAUAUUCUACGCUUCACAGGAAAUAUGGCUGCAGCAAGGAACUAUUAGGUCAAACAUAAUAUUUGGACACAAAUUUGAUGAAGUUUUGUAUAACACUGUUCUAAAAGCGGUUGAGCUGGAGUCUGACAUUUCAUCGUGGGAGAAGGGGGACUUGAGAGUAGUCUCCAACUACGCAUACUGUCUAAGUGGUGGCCAGAGGGUGAGGAUGGAGAUGGCUAGAGCCAUCUACGCAUAUCUUGUAUUCAGUAAGGUUAACAGAGAAUAUAACAGAAACCAGUGCACAUUCUUGAUGUGCCUAGACGCGCCCUUCCAUGGAUUGGACCCAUUUGUAUCAAGGUCAGUAUUCCACAACUUGUUUAAUCUGAAGACAGGACUAUUGAUUAAAGACGAUUUGUCGAUUAUCAUGUCAUCGUCGCUGUUGGUUCUUGAUAAGUGUAUCAGAACUUCAGAACUAAACAUGUUCCCAAAAAUCCCUAUAUACGAUGUAAACAAGAACUCGUUUUCAUUCAACUGCUACUUGUCAGACGUUUACUCCAAAAAAUUACCCGCGGAGAAAUUUAAGUACUUUUCAUCAAUCAACAAUACGAACCACAUGAACUUCCUGACGAAGGAUAUGUUCGGCUUUUGUUAUUCCGGUUCUACCACGAGGAUAGGUCGGCCGGCAGUAACAAAAUUGCUGUAUGAGCAUUCAUUUAACGCAAUAGUUAAAAACGAUUACGCAGGAGACAAGUUUAACCCCUACGCACUGUACUUUAAAGCGGCGGGAGUUACAUUUGGAUUUUUUAUUAUUCUGACACUCGUGUCAAGUGUGAUGGAUAACGUGAAGUUCAUCCUGGCAACAAACCUGUCAGACUAUAUAGCCAAAUGCACAAAAGAGUACCAGGAAGGAAAUUCGCCGAAUCUGAUGGAAAUCAAGUCUAAAAGUAACUCACUGUUACAGUUCUUCCUCUUUUUCAUUUGCUCCAUAAUUAUCCUGUCCCUCACCUCGUCAGUGUUCCUGUCACUUUCCUGUAUAUACUCAUCUCGUAAAAUUCACGAGUACUGUAUCAGAUCCAUAUUCAAAAACAGCUCCACAGUUAUCAAGAUUAAAAAGUUCACAUCCCAGGUUGUCACGUACCUGUCUUCGGAUAUAUUCCAGAUCGACGAAGGACUGGGAUAUGUCAUAUCCUCAACCUUCAUCUCCCUCAUUGAGUUGUUCAUUCACCUUGUAACACUUUUCUAUUUGGUCCCAAUAUCAACUCCAAUCAUCACCAUAGCGUUGUUUUUGAUUUACAAACUCUUCAUUAACCAGUACGUGAAGUCGUCGAAGUACCUUCAGAUGGGAUCCUUAGAGUCCAUGGGACAUAUUAAUACGGUGUGUGAAAAUGCGAUUUCGGGCUCUCCGAUUUUCAGAAGCUUUAAAAGAGAGUGGGAGUUCAUGCACAACUUAAUUGAGCAUACAGAUUACUACAUGAGGUGCAGAUUCUUAAACAAGUCCCUGAUCUCAUGGACUUCAAUACUGUCAAAUUGGUCAUUCUCAGUAACGACAUUCGUCACGCUCUUCAUUCCAAUAAUGGUCGAUAACUUUUCCAAAUAUAAGGUGAAAAUAGGUUAUUUUGGGCUAGCGCUGUCGCUUAGCAUGAACGUCAUCAAGACGUUCAACACUUUUGCGACAGGCAUGGCGAGGCUGGAGAUUUACAUGUGUUCAGUCAGAAGAUUUCAGCUGUUUAUUCCUCCAGGCACCAAGUGCGUGUUUGAAAAGAAGAUAAAUAUUCACGAAGAGGACCUUGUCGUAAAUUCGGCAUGCACGGACGUCCUGGCCGAGAAGAAGAGGGUGUUGAAGAGGAGAGUAAAUGAGUUUAAGUCUACUAAUAAGAAUGUACUAUUAAAGCUUGGUUUUAGACCAAAGAUUAAUAUUAUAGAUAUUGUCAAGUAUCUACCUCCAGAACACUCCGGAGUGGUUCUGAAGGAUGUUUGUGUGUACACAACGCCUCAAAUGAACAUUGAGGGUCGAAUCCUCAAUAUCGCCGACGCCUCAGCCAAGCCCGGAGACAUCAUCGGUUUAAUUGGCAGAACUGGUGCUGGCAAGACAACACUGUUGUCAGUUCUCCAAAACACUGUUCGGAAUAGAACCGGCCAAGUCCUGAUGGAUGGUAGAGAUAUGAGAGAUAUUCCGAGGAGUGCCCUGAGACAAAUAGUUGGUGUUCUUCCUCAAUUGCCCUUUGUUUUCAAGGGCUGGACCAUUCGAAGAUUCUUGGACCCUAGGAAACUAUUUAGCGAUGAUGAGAUUAACGAGGCCCUGGAGAACUGCGGCCUUCUUGAAUUUGUGAAUAAUCUCCAGGGAGGAAAGAGCCUCGAUUCGGUAAUCAUCAUGGAAGAUAUCACGAUAGAAUCUAAAGAAGAAGAGCCUUCCGCUCGAAAAACUAACACUUCCCUUUCAUUCAAGUCCGAAACCAGGCUAACAAUGGACUCCCUCAAAUACUACUACGACGAAUCUGACAUGUUGUUAUCCAGUAGUCAAUUAAGAACUCUGGCAUUUGCCAACCUCGUUCUUUAUAGAGCAUUUUACAGGAUGAUCCUGGUCGACGAGCCCCCAUCGGACAACUGUGCACUUCAGGACAGUUUCAACCAUGAUCUGGGCCUCCCGAUUUACGAACUAAUUAAAAAAUAUUUUAAUCACUGUUGUACAUUUAUAGCAGCUCACGAGGCAACCGUUUUAAGGAUGUGUACUUCUGUGUGGGUAAUACACAGUGGGUCGAUCAUAAGGACUGUCAAGGUUGAAGAAAUUUCAGCCAAUGAAUCAAUUUCAAACAUAAUUGAACAGAGUGUAAAUAACAAAUUAAUGUAG